UUCUACGAAUCUGACCAGGAAAAUUGGCAAAUAAAUUGUGACUACAACUCUAUAAAAUGUUUUCUCCGCUAGUAAAAAUUCCAUUACAACUUCUGCUUCCAUUGAAGCAUCGCUAUCUACCAUAUGUACCAAUUACUUAUUCAAAUAAGCGAAAAUGUUCUUGAAAUUGGUGUUUUAUCUGACAGUUAUUUUAUUAGAAGCCUCCUGCUGCAGAUCUAUGAUUAAGAAAGAUCCAAUAAUAACAGUAAGUCAAGGACAGUUGAAGGGCACAAUAAAAAAUCUACCUGAUGGUACUCCAUAUUAUAGUUUCAAAGGAAUUCCAUAUGCCCAACCACCUAUUGGAAAGUUGAGGUUCAAGGCACCUUUACCUCCAUUGCCUUGGGAUGGAAUACGUGACGCUAGUGAGCACGGACCCGUGUGCCCUCAGUACGAUUUGUCGGUUUCCAAAUUGGUUGAAGGAAGUGAAGACUGUUUAUUUUUGAAUAUCUACUCAAAGUCAAUACAACAGAAUGCCAAAAUACCAGUGAUGGUCAAUAUUCAUGGCGGAAGUUUUAUGUAUGGUUCGGGAAACACUGAUUUUGCUUUUGGACCAGAAUUCCUCAUACAGCAUGACGUCAUUCUAGUUACACUGAAUUACAGACUAGAAGUAUUAGGGUUCCUUAGUCUCGACAUACCAGAAGUCCCCGGGAAUGCCGGUAUUAAAGAUCAAGUUGCCGCACUGCGAUGGAUUAAAGAUAACAUAGCGAAAUUCGGGGGUGAUCCUAAUAAGAUUACCAUACUCGGCGAGAGUUCUGGUUCUGGCGCUGUCACACACCACUUACUGUCCCCCAUGUCGAAAGAUUUGUUCCAUGGGGCAAUAGCUCAAAGUGGUGUGUGCUUACAAGAAUGGGCAAUUGCUGAUGGCGCGAAAGAGAGAGCAUUCCGAGUAGGGAAAGUUUUAGGAAAAGAUACAAAGGAUACAAAUGAGUUGCUUGAAUUUUUGAGAAGUGUGCCAGCUAUUUCAUUAGCAAACAUGACUUUCAUGACACAAACAUCUGAUGAAAAGAUAAGGGGGCUUCCGGUUUAUUUCGUUCCAGUUAUAGAAAAGAAAUUCCAAAAUGUUGAAGCAUUUUUAACUAAAAAUCCAUUGGAUAUUUUAAUAUCUGGUAAAGUGAAUAAGGUGCCCUUGAUGAUUGGUCAUAUGUCUGCCGAAGGUCUUUUGUUGCUAAAAGAUAUGUUAGAUAAAAAAGAAACAAUGAACCCACAACCGUCCUAUCUCGUACCCAGAGAAAUAGCUAAAGUAGUAUCACAGCGAAAACUCGAAGAAUUUGGUGCGAGAAUUAAAAAAUACUACUUCGGUAACAAAGAAAUCUCAAACGAAACAGCAGAGGCUAUUGUUAAUUUGCAAACGGACCUUCAUUUCGCGUACAACAUUCACAGAUUUGCGCAUCUCUAUAGUUCCACUGGUGCUCCUAUUUACAUGUAUAGAUUUGAGUAUGAUACAGAGCUGAAUGCUGUUAAAAUUGAUUUAGGACUACAGAGUAUGAAAGGAGCUGCCCAUGCCGAUGACCUCUUCUAUAUUUACUACAACGGCUUUAACAAAGAUCUGUACACAACAAAUCAGAAUUCAAAACGUGCUAUUGAUCAUGUAACGAAACUUUGGACUGACUUCGUUAAAACCAGGAAUCCAACACCAGAUAGCUCCAGUGUGAAAUGGAAGCGCUAUAAUACUAAUACAAAGGACUUCAUGAUCUUAGACGAGGAAAUGCGAGUUGAACAAUAUUCUGAACGCGCUCGGAUCGAGUUUUGGGAUAAAAUUUACUGCGAUGGCGGAAGGCCGUGCAUGGAGAAAAUAAAUUAAUUUAUAUUACAUAUUUAAAAUAAGGUUUAUAAUUUGUAAAUAUAAAUAAAUUAAGAUAGAACCGC